AUGGAGUCGUCGGCCGUUCGGCGGUGCAAGCGAUGCGCAGGUUCUUGGCGGUGCUCCGCGGUGGCGUCGCGGGGAAAGUCGUACUGCAAGAAGCACCUGGCGCAGAGGGAGAGUUACGACCUGAAACAUAGAACCAAGGAAAAAGGAGGAGAGGAGGUGGAGAUAUACCAUGAUUCCAGCUCCAGGAAAAGGAAGAAUGCUGUAGUCUGCAGGGAAUCGGAGGUGGCAGUGUCAGAUUCCGAGUUGAAACGAAAAUCGGUCCGAGUUCGAGAGUUGAAGCUCUCGGCUAGUUCGAAGCAUAACAAAAUGAGUGAUGGUAGAAGAGUAAAUAACACCAUGAAGGCAGCGUUGAAGGUAAAUUCCGAUGAAGAGCGGGGGCGGAAUUAUUCCUCGCUGGAGAAACAUUCCAUGGUUACGGAUUUGCUCAGGAAAACAAAGGAGGGUGGAAGUUUGAUGUGUCAUCAGUGCCUGCGGAGUGACAAGAAUGGUGUAGUCAUCUGCUUAAUGUGUGGCAGAAAACGCUACUGUUUUGAUUGCCUCAAGAAGUGGUACCCAGGAAAAGCAAAAGAGGAAGUUGAGAAUAGAUGUCCAUAUUGUUGUGGCAAUUGCAAUUGCAAAGCUUGCCUGCGAGAGGUUCCUGUGCCAAGGCAUCCAGAAAUGGAUGACAGUGCCAAAAUUGAACGACUACUUUAUUUGCUAUACAAUGCUCUGCCCGUUCUUAGGCAUAUUUAUAAGGAGCAGAGCUCUGAGCUAGACACUGAAGCAAAAAUGAGAGGUUAUCAACUGCAAGAAAUUAACAUAACAAGGACUAAGUUAGAUGGAAGUGAGCGUAUGUACUGCGACAAUUGCAACACAUCGAUUGUUGGAUUUUACAGAAGCUGUCCCAACCUCGGUUGCUCUUACGACCUAUGUCUUGCCUGCUGUCAAGAGCUUAGAAAUGGUUGCCAACCUGGAGGCGUAGAAGCUGAAACAUUGCGUGAACAGUUUGCAGAGAAAGAUGGAAACCAAGAUUCGAUAAGUAGCAAGACUCGUACGGAAGGAUAUGGUUGGGAAAGCCAACUCUUACCUAAUGUGUUUGAUGUCCAAACUGAUGGAACUUCUCCAUCUCCUGAAUGGCGAGCUAAUAGUGAUGGUAACAUUCCAUGUCCUCCAAAACAGCAUGGAGGUUGUGGCACUGCGUUGCUAGAACUGAGACGCACUUUCAAAGCUGAUUGGGUGGUGAAGCUGUUAAAGAAUGCAGAGGACCUCACAAGAGCCUACAGACACAUGGACGUUGAUGUUUCUGCGAAAUGCUCUUUAUGCUGGCCAAAUUUGGUUGAAGGGAAAUCCAAUUAUGAGGUCAGGCAGGCAGCAUCAAGGGAUGAUGCUCAAGAUAAUUUCUUAUACAGCCCGAAUGCCCUUGACACGUCUGAUGACGAAGUUGAGCAUUUCCAGAGGCACUGGUUAAGGGGAGAACCUGUGAUUGUGAGAAAUGUUCUGGACAGGACAUCUGGCCUUAGUUGGGAACCAAUGGUUAUGUGGAGGGCUUUCAGAGAAACAGGUUCUAGAAUGAAGUAUAAAGAGGAAACACGAAGUGUAAAGGCCAUCGAUUGCUUUGAUUGGUGUGAGGUGGAAAUCAAUAUUCACCAAUUUUUUGUAGGCUACCUAGAGGGUCGAAUGCAUAAGGAUAGAUGGCCAGAAAUUCUGAAAUUGAAAGAUUGGCCUUCAUCAACCUGGUUUGAAGAGCGUUUGCCCAGGCAUGGUGCUGAGUUUCUCAGAGCUCUGCCCUACAGGGACUACACUGACCCAAAAUCAGGCCUCUUGAAUCUUGCCAGUAAACUUCCUGAUGGCUCACUAAAACCAGAUUUGGGACCCAAAACGUAUAUUGCUUAUGGGUUUCUUGACGAGCUUGGUAGAGGUGAUUCGGUGACAAAACUCCACUGUGAUGUGUCUGAUGCGGUUAAUAUACUGACCCACACAACCAAGGUAAAUAUAGGUGCUUGGCAACAAGAAAGCAUAAAAGAAUUGCGGGAGAAAUAUGCAAAAGAAGACAUGCAGGAACUAUCCUGUGAAGCACGCAGUGAUAUUGAUGAAGAACCCAAAGCAAAUGAUGGGAAGCCUGAAGAUGGAGUUAACAGUUUUUCUUCUGGUCGCCAAGUAGAUGAACAUAUUUCAUCAGCAUCGGAAGGCUCAACUGUGAAGCCAGAAAUUUCAUCAGCAGUGAAAGAGUCAACUAUGAAGUUAGAAAGUUCAUCGGCAUCGGAAGACUUUACUGUGAAGAUAAACAUUUCAUCAGCAUCAGAUGGCUCAACCGCGAAGUUAGAAACAACAGACACAGAACAAUGUGUUGAGAGCAGAAACUGCUCCGCCUCCUGCAGAAAUGUUGCCGAAAGAAGUUUCUCUGGAGAAGAUGAUGUUAAUAUAAUAUCUGCUGAAGUUUCAGAUCAUACCAAGACUUUCGGACGGAAACAUGAACAUACUCAAUCUGCGUGUAAUUUAACCUCUAAUUGUAAGAGCAAUGUUAAUGACAGAACGAAGACUGAUUUUCUUGGCAUUUUGUCUGAUGAUCCAGAGUCCCAAAAAUCAAAACAAGGUCUGGUGAAAGAUUCUGUAGAAACUAAUCAUAAAGCUGCAGUCGUCUAUGGUGGUGCUGUUUGGGAUAUCUUCCGUCGUCAAGAUGUACCAAAAGUAAUGGAGUAUUUGAGGAAGCAUAAAAAGGAAUUCCGUCAUAUCAGCAAUCAUUCUUUAAGUUCUGUUAUACAUCCCAUUCAUGAUCAGACAUUUUUCUUUAAUGAGAAGCAUAAGAAACAAUUGAAACAAGAGUUUGGUGUUGAACCCUGGACUUUCGAGCAACAUCUUGGUGAGGCCGUUUUCAUUCCCGCUGGAUGUCCCCACCAAGUGAGAAAUAGACAAUCUUGUAUAAAAGUGGCACUUGAUUUUGUUUCCCCGGAAAAUGUUGAAGAAUGUUUACGACUAACUGAGGAGUUUCGUUUGCUCCCAAAGAAGCACACAGCCAAGGAGGAUAAAUUGGAGGUUAAAAAGAUGACACUUUAUGCUGUAAGUUCGGCUGUUAGAGAAAUCAAAAGACUGAUGAAGUCUGCCGAUUGAGUUCGUGGUCUGGUGAUGGAUAUACAAGACUACCAAGUUAUCCACUGCUAAGAUAAGGUGAAUAAGUGAUCUAGAAUCUUCCACAGUAUUGCCACAUGCAAGGAUUUGUUUCAUGUAUAGAAGUAUUCUAUCAACAGAAUUGUUAUGCAAUGUCAAUCAAAUCAUCAGAGCAUGUUCUUACUUGCUGAAGUCCCUUAUCAACACGUGGAGUAUUUGCAGGUGGCAAAUAGAUAGGAACUGACCACAAUAAGCAGUUAAACACAUGCAUGGCCCAAAAGAAUUGUGAAUGAUGAGUGAAUUUGUAAAUAAAUAGAUGAACUUUACCCGGA